UUUAUAUAUACAUGUCAAUAUUUAUAUUGUCGGAAUAGAUUGAUUUUUUUAUUAUCUAGCAAACCAGUGAACAAUUUUACAAUUUUUUAUUAUACUAGUGUGUAGAUCAUAAUAUAUACUACCAUUAAACGACUAGCGCAUAUUAUAUUAUUACAAUUAUUCAAGAAAAAACAUAUUAGGAUAUGUGGGUUUGCAGUAAAAAACUUAAAUCUAAACGUGACAGCGAAGGCCCAGUAUGUUCAAAGAAAAAAGUAACGAAACAUUUAAAAAAUGAAAUACUAAAAAAGACUGCUCUUAAAAAUUCUUCGUCUGACAUGGCUUCAGGAUUCUUGCAAGAUUAUGAAGAAAUAUUUGUCAGAAAUUCUAAGGACAAGAAUAUGAAUCAAGUGGAUAAGAGUUUAUUAUCGUCCGGUAGUGGUUUACCCAAGAGAACUGUAGGAGACAUAGAUGUGGAAGCUCUUAAUUUGAACAGCCCAUGGAGAGCGGCAAGCGGAAGCUUCAAAUCGUCAAAUGUUGUAGAUGAAGAAACUACAGAACAUACAGUCUUCAAUCUAAAUGCAUUUUACAAUGAAAUGCUUAUGGGCCUAAACAGUUUGCAUACUACUCCAGUCAUAGGAAACGCGGAGUCACAUUGUGAGGAAUUAGAAGAUUACGAAAAAAUAGAUGAAUAUCUAGACUUUGAAGAUUUAUCAUCAGAAUCUGACAACGAUAUAGCUCACAAAGACAUCAAAGACAGUAUUAAAAAGAUGGAAGAAGAACUUUCUGAGGCUGUUAAUAUUUACAAGGCUCAAAAGGCGGAAAGGAUUCAAGUUCAAAAUGAAAUGUGCAAGUCCAUAUCGGAAGAUUCGAAUGCAUGUGUAGAUCGUCGGUCACAAUUGUUUUUAAAUCUAUGCCAUUAUCAAGGUACAGAAAAAACAAAUAAUACAGAUACUGUAAAAUCUGCAGAUCAAGGAGAGCAAGGAGGCCGAAAGGGAAAUAAUAACGAUUACUUUAUUAAGAGGAACAUAGAGCUUGCAAAGAAGGGAAGCAUGGCCACUUACGCUCUUACUGAUGAACAAAAAUCUCAACUAAAUGAAAUACUUAGUGAUAUAGAUGAAAUAGAAGAUUCCGAAACUGAUGGUAAAGUACAUGAUAAUACGCAAAAUAAUUUAAAAGAGGAAGAAGGAGUUACUCAAGUAAAUGCAUUUAAAAUAACCAAUGAAGAUAAAAAAAGGUUGGACGAAAUUAACCAACGUUUGAAGAAUGUAGCUGAAAAUGAAGUGUGUGAUGAAGCCGAUGAGUAUAAGGAUAUGUCAACGUUUUGCCUAGAAAAUGCAUUAAAACAAAUAGACAAGAAACUGGCAGAUUUAUAUAAAAACUUCAACAAAACCUCCAUAUAAUAAGAUAAUUCAAUAUCUAUAUUACGCAUAUAUUAUACAUUUAUUUUAUUGAUAAAUAAAUGAUAUUUAAAAA